ACCCUAAAAACCCAUUUCUUAUUUUCCUAAAACCCUAGCCACCACCAUUCCGGCAACUCCUUCCGCCACAAACAUCCACCAUGUCCGACGUUGAGCUCCACCGGUCCGAUAAGAAGAAAAAGAAGAGCAAGUCAAAAGACACCACCGAAAACCCCCCCGCCGCCACCGAAGAUUACUUGAUCAAACCACAAAGCUUCACACCAGCAAUCGACACAUCCGAAUGGCCCAUUCUCCUCAAAAACUACGACCGAUUGAACGUCCGUACCGGCCACUACACUCCUCUCCCAUCCGGCUACUCUCCUCUGAAGCGUCCUCUCGCUGAAUACAUCAGGUAUGGUGUCAUUAACCUCGAUAAGCCUGCUAACCCUAGCUCACACGAGGUUGUUGCUUGGAUUAAACGGAUCCUUCGGGUCGAGAAAACGGGCCACAGCGGUACACUCGACCCCAAAGUCACUGGUAAUUUGAUUGUUUGCAUUGAUAGAGCCACUAGGUUAGUUAAGUCUCAGCAAGGUGCUGGUAAAGAGUAUGUUUGUGUUGCUAGGUUACAUUCUGCUGUCCCUGAUGUUGCCAAAGUGGCCCGUGCACUCGAGACGUUGACCGGUGCGGUUUUUCAACGUCCACCGUUGAUUUCCGCGGUUAAGCGGCAGCUUAGGAUUAGGACUAUUUACGAGAGUAAGCUGUUGGAGUAUGAUGCUGAGAAGCAUUUGGUUGUGUUUUGGAUUAGUUGUGAGGCCGGGACUUAUGUGAGGACUCUGUGUGUUCAUUUAGGGUUGAUUUUGGGGGUCGGUGGGCAUAUGCAGGAGUUGAGAAGGGUUCGGUCCGGUAUUAUGGGCGAGAAGGAUAAUAUGAUUACUAUGCAUGAUGUUAUGGAUGCACAGUGGAUGUAUGAUAAUUAUAGAGAUGAGAGUUAUUUGAGGCGUGUGAUUAUGCCGUUAGAGGUGUUGUUGACUAGUUAUAAGAGGUUAGUGGUUAAGGAUUCUGCGGUGAAUGCUAUUUGUUAUGGUGCUAAGUUUAUGAUUCCGGGUUUGUUGAGGUUUGAGAAUGGUAUUGAGAACGGGGAGGAAGUGGUUUUGAUGACAACGAAAGGGGAGGCGAUAGCGUUAGGUAUAGCGGAGAUGACUACCGCUGUAAUGGCCACUUGUGAUCAUGGUGUUGUAGCGAAGAUUAAGAGGGUGGUGAUGGAUAGAGAUACCUAUCCUAGAAAAUGGGGGCUGGGUCCGACUGCUUCGAUGAAAAAGAAGCUGAUUUCUGAAGGGAAGUUGAGCAAACAUGGAAAACCGAAUGAGAAAACUCCGGCUGAGUGGACGAGGAACGUUGUUCUUCCUACUGGUGGUGACUCUAUCGUUGCUAGCCUUGCUGCUGCGCCUGCAGCCGAACAAGCUGUGGAGGAAGCUGCAGAUACCAUGAAAGUUGACAGUGAGAAGAAGAAAAAGAAGAAGAAGAAGAAGGACAAGGAUGAUGAAGAUGGUGAUGCAGGGGUUAAACGGAAGUUAGAAGAUUUAGAAGUUGAAGAAACACCCGUGUCCAAGAAAAAGAAGGUUGAAGCAGAAGAGGAGAAGGCGGAAGGUGAGACGACCGAGAAGAAGAAGAAAAAGAAGAAGAAAGAUGGGGAUGUAGCUGAAGAGGAAAAGGCAGAAGGGGAGACUACAGAGAAGAAGAAGAAAAAGAAGAAAGACGGGGAUGUAGCUGAGAACGGAGAUGGCGAUAAAUCCGAAAAGAAAAAGAAAAGUAAAGACACUGAAGAUGGUGAAGAACCAAGCAAAAGUGAGAAGAAGAAGAAAAAGAAGAAAGACGCAGAGGAUGAGUAGGUAUAAGAUGGUUUUUUAAAUUUUCAAGUUGAGCUUUGAAGUUCUUGAAUUCAUGGCUCCAAUAGUUGCAUUUAGAGUUGAAUUUCUAUGUUUAUCUUUUCUAUUCUUGCUUAAGUUGCUAUGUAUUUUUGAUAUGUUUUGUAUGGAUUUUGCUCACCUGGAGUUUUGAAGCUUUUGUAGUUUCUUAUAAGCAGCUUUUAAGGCA